AACUAUACACUUUCUUUCUCUCUCUAGAGUCUAGACAGCUCUUGAUGAGCAGCAAAGUCAUCGUUAUGCGUUUCUCUGUAAUGUAAGUAACCCAUCAAACUGGAAUGACGUUCUCUUUUUUAUUCGUUUUACCCUUAAGUAGUUCUCUCUAUUGCUUUCUCUCUAGACCACUGUUAGCACAGCAACAAGUUACUGAUGAUGCUUUUAUCCGUAAUUUAUGUGACCCAACAAAGUUGGAAACGGGAAUUACUGUCUCUUUUUUAUUGUUUUUGCCUUUUUACUAUUCUGUAAUUCUGGUUUAGUCAACAAUGUCGCUUUACAUAAGUUGGUGGUUGGUUGAUUUUCGUAUAUUCUGUUAGGUAACUACGGACGGGAAAUCGUGACUUCUUUCACUUUCUCUCUCUUGUUUACUUUUUGCGUGUUGCAAUGGUUAACCAGAGACUUGGGAAAGGGGGAAUUUGGUUUUACAGAUAAAGGCGUUGAUUUCAGGAAUGUAGUUGAUUUCAGGAGAAUUUGGUUUUACAGAUAAAGGCGUUGAUUUCAGGAAUGUAGUUGAUUUCAGGAAUGUAGAAUGGUGCUGGUGUAUGUUUACCCUGGCCUUGAGAGAGAAGGCACGUUUGUUUGGGUUUAGAGAGAGAAAGUAUGCGAUGCUUUGGAUUUGGAGUCGAGCAAUGAAGUCCCCUUGUCUCUCUCUUUCCAAGCAAACGGGGAUUCGCCCAAUUGUCUCUUUCAGCUAUUUUUCUAACUGGUUUGAUGCUUGAGUUCGUCAGUUAAUGAAGAAGACAGAAGAGGAAAUCUUCUAAAAUUCUAAAGAAACAGGAAGGUGGGUUAUUCAUUUAUACCUGAAUUCAUCUUCCAUUAUUGAAAUGACCCAUUGAUCCAUUAUUGAAAUAAGCCAUUGAUUCUCUGUCUUUAAGCUAUCAAGCAAAGUUUCAAUUGGGCUUUCUUCUAUAUGUUCUGCCCAAAACUUAUCAUCCAUUACUGAAACCUGCCAUUGAUUAAGGAUCAUGAGAGGCAAAAAUGGAGCUAGUGGUAAUUACUUCGUAUUGAAUACAGGGGCCAAAAUUCCAGCUCUUGGGCUUGGAACAUGGCAGAGUGGAGGAGAUCUCUGUGUAGAAGCUGUUAGGACUGCUUUAAAAGUUGGGUAUCGCCAUUUUGAUUGUGCUCAUCUCUAUGGCAAUGAAACUGAAGUUGGACAAGCUCUUUCUGAGGCUUUCAAUGGAGCAAUCCCUGGUCUGAAGAGAAUGGAUGUUUUCUUGACUUCUAAAUUUUAUUGCACAACUACGGCUCAUCGAAGGAUCGAGAAUUCGGUUAGGGUUUCUUUGAAGAGUUUCGGAACUUCAUAUUUGGAUUUGUACUUGGUUCAUUGGCCUGAAAGUUCAGCAAUAGGAGAUGCAACUGAUCCUCCUUCGAAGGCAGGGAUCGAGGAUAGGCAGUUUUCUCGGAGAUUAGAACCAAUAUGGAAGGCAAUGGAAGGUCUUGUAGAAAUGGGGCUUGUUCGUGCUAUUGGGGUGAGCAAUUUUAAUGUCAAGCAGAUCGAAGAUUUGCUCCAUUUUGCAAAGAUUGUACCUGCGGUCAAUCAGGUAGAAUUGCAUCCAUUUUGGAGACAAGAUGAUCUGGUCAAGUUUUGCCAAUCAAAAGGUAUUCAUGUCUCUGCUCAUACCCCUUUGGGUGUCCCUGAUACUAGUGCUAGUGCCUAUGACAGUGGAUCAGGGGGAGAAGAUGAAUGUGGAACACCCAGAAUAGCAUUCAGAAGGUCAAGAUCUGUACAUGGGCCGAUGCUAAAACUAUCUGUUGUUGCAAAUAUUGCCAACCAUCAUAAAAAGACACCAGAGCAGGUCAUUUUGCGCUGGGGACUGCAAAGGGGCACGAGUGUGCUCCCAUGCAGCCUGAAACCCCAUCGAAUUGAGAGAAAUGCAGACAUUUUCAGUUGGUCUCUUUCUGACGAGGAGUGGAUGCUCAUGAAUAGAAUUGAGCCCCAAUUCUGCCUCUUUGGACAUGGACCCAUAAAUCCAUCAGAAGGUGUGUUCCUUUCUGAUAAUAGCCCUCUUCAAGCAGUGCUCGAAAUGGAGGAUGACAUUGAAAACAAUUGAUGAAAUAUGUUGCGUUCAAUCUUUGCUACUCUUGUGCCCUCUGUUAUUUGGCGCAAAUCUUUUUUGUUUUUUAGCUCUGAUUGUACCUGUGCAGUUUAAUGCUCUUGUCCCCUUUGUUGGUUUUGUGAGUAAUCUUGCUUAAAGUAAGUGUGCAUAUGGAUAUAUUUGAACCAGUUCAGCUGACUGUUUGGAUUGUUUGAUAUUGUUAUGUUUUCAUCGUAUUUCGAGGGCAA